CAUUUCUGCUUCCACUAACAUUCCCUCAUGUCAAUUAAAUAUUUGCGUUCCAAAACUAUUCCCAUGCAUAUAUAUUGAAUAUGUUGUAAAUGAGAAACGCUAUCGACAACUUCCACCUUCUUCAUACGAUAACGUCCACUCAUGCAGCGAUUUCCGACAAUCUCAUCGACUGAGUCCAGUCCUACGAUCACGAGUAUGGUUACAGCAUUUUCAACACCUCUUGAUAACUGCUAUCAUCAGUUGAAUCUACAAUCUGUUGCUGCUUAUUGGAAGUUAUAUUCAGCGAAAAGUAUCACUGGAGACAAGGAUGCGACGAUAUUUGUUUUUAAUCGCAAAGACAAUGUCAAAGCACCGCUGAGAUUAGGACGUGGUAACCGUCUGACUUUAAUUGAUCUUAUUCGAUAUGAUGUUUCACAGCUUUCUUCACUUGCACAUCCACGAAUUUUACAAGUUCUUCACGACGUUGAAGAGAACAAAGAGAUGAUAACUUUCGCCUCGGAAAAUAUUCAAGCAAGUCUGGAAGUAAUCGUGGUUGAGGAUGGACUUGGCAAACUGGAGAUGAAACUUGGUAUCUUGCAGCUAAUUGAUGGUCUCUCGUAUUUGCACAAUAACGCAAGAAUACUUCAUGGCAAUUUGACUCCCAGUGUUAUUUACAUAACACUAUCGAGACAUUGGAAAAUUGCCGGAUUUGCAUUUUCGGUAGCUGCACGUGAAUCGAAUGUGUUUCCAUGUUUCCCUUGGAUCAAAAAGUUACCAGUUCAUUUGCAACCGGAUCUCGAUUUCCUAGCACCAGAAUACUUGCUAUCAAAUACGGAUUCGGUCACUUCAGCGGCAGAUGUUUUUUCAUUAGGUUUGCUCAUUUGCUGGAUGUGUGCUGGAGGAAAACGGUUAAUUGAUGCUAGAAAUAAUAUCGAUACAUAUCGCGUAAUUUGUGGACAACUUGAUACAGCACUGAAAUGUAUUGCCGAAGAACUUGGACCAAAUUUACUGGAUGCCAUGGAGAAAGUACUCAGUUUGGAUGUCGACAAACGUCCUACCGUCCAAUUUCUUGCCUUGAUAAAAUAUUUCGAUGAUCCAGCACUUUCUGCACUCCGUCAGCUUGAUGACAUCAUGCAAGUUUUUGAUCCGGGACAAAAGAAUGUGUUUUUGUCGCAAACUCUUUACGAUAGUCUACCGAUUAUUCCGGAAAAUUUGUGGUUCGUAAGGAUAUUACCACGUUUUGAUGAAUUCUUUAUCGAUUGCUAUGAUUUAUACGUUGCCUUAUCUCGUCCAUUAUUCUAUAUGUUAAAUCAUUGUGAAAGCCAUAAUAUAAUUAGAUUGAAGCCAUGGAUACACAGGAUCGUACAUCAUGCUGUCCAACGCACGCUAACUCCUUUAAUUCUGGAAAACAUGGAUGUAUUGUUUCGACGUUUGUCAGAUGAUAAAGAAGUGGAGGAUCAAAUACAGGAUUUGAUUGUUAUGUGUGUUAAGUCGCAGGAUGUUCAUAUUCAGGAUAAAGUAAUCCGUAGCAUUCCAUCGACAGCAGAAUUUCUUUCCAGUUGGUUCCUUUCAAAUCGACUUAUUCCUUCGUUUAAUUAUUUUUCAUCGUAUCUUAAUGGCAAUAUUUCGAGGCAAUUAGAUUUCUUGGCUUUCAUUGGAGCGCUGUCAGAUCGUUGCGAUUCGAACGUACUAAAUAUGUUAAUUGCGGCAAUACCAAUGUGCAAUAUGAAACACAACGCUGUCAUACAUACAGUAUCACGUUUGGUACAACGGAUAUUGAUGUGCGAUCCUACACGACUGCGUGAUCGUGCUGCGAUUUGUACUUAUCUUUUAAGCCCACUAAUACUUGGAUUAGCCUCCAAUGAUCUCAGAAAGGCACAGUUUGAGGAUUUGAUCAGUACAGUGCGAAUCUUAAUUGACAUAAUCGAACACUUGAGAAAUAUAGGAUCGGAUAAAGAUUUGUCCCACAAAAAUUCUCUUUCGUCGUUUGGACGAAUGAGCAGUCGACGUGUGAGUAUGAGUAGCAAUCAUUUACCGCUUGUUAUGAUCACUGCUGCGAGACCUACAUGUUCUGGUUGCGGAUAUGAUUCAAGUCUGAGAAAGAUAUCGUUCCUGUCUGCAGAUGGACGUUUGGAAAAUCGGAGUCGUGCCAGUUCUAAAAUGAGCAGCAAAAGUUCCUUGGAGUCGAACUUGUCACUGAAGUUAGGCAAUGCCAGUGAUGUAUCCGAUGAACAGCAACCGUCAUCAUCUUUCGAAACUAGGCGAAAGUCGUGGUUGGAUGCUGAUAUCGGACAUCUUCUCGACCAACCCAUCACCGAGAAAGCAAAUCAGCAGCGGAAGCGUUGCAAAAGUGAACGACGAUCGAGAACACGUUCAUCAGUAGUUGAUGAAGUUGGCGGGACGGGACAGCCAACUAGGCCGAAUAGUUUCACCAAUUUAGGUCACAACCUGGUGGGAAAUUAA